CCUCGUUGAGGCCUCGGAAUCCUGGAGGCGGAACCUUCAGCAAGGUGAUUCCGGAAACCGAAAAGAUGCCGGAGCGCCCAAGGAUGAGCCAGUGUGACAACCGGAAGCAGGAAGAGAGCUGAACGUUCUGGAUUACGGGUGUUAUUGCUUUGCCCCAGAACGGGGAUGGAGGGGCGCACAGCAUACGAGGAGUACCCCUACCCUGUAGUCUUCUUGCCCCCCUACGAGAACCCCCCGGCAUGGAUCCCCCUCCAGGAGCGCAUCUACAACUCAGAUUACAACAAUGAGCUGACUCAUUUUCUACCUCGCUCCAUCCUCCUGAAGAAGCCACCAGGAGCACAGCUUGGGUUUAACAUCAGAGGUGGAAAAGCAUCCCAGCUUGGUAUCUUCAUUUCAAAGGUCAUCCCGGACUCAGAUGCUCAUCGCGCUGGCCUACAGGAAGGAGACCAGGUGCUUACUGUUAACAAUGUGGACUUCCAGGAUAUUGAACACAGCAAGGCAGUGGAAAUCUUGAAAAGUGCCAGGGAAAUCUAUAUGCAAGUCCGGUACUUUCCAUACAAUUACCAGAGACAGAAAGAACGAACUGUCCACUAGCAUCUGAUCGUCCUCAUUCUGCAGGAGUGCUAGGGAGAAGCAUUUAACACCAGAUUCCCCCCCCACUGUGCCCGCCGGGGCUGCCUCACUAGGCCCAUGCUUUUAUUUUUUAUCUAAUGCUGUUUAACACUAUAUUUGAUGAGAUACAACUGAAACGGACACUACAACCUACUAGUAAAGCAUGAGGGAGGCCAUCUACACUGGCACUUUGUAAAUGGUUUGAUGUCUGAAGUGUAUUUUUCUACCCAUCAGUUUGGAUUAUAAGUAACGUCUUGCUACAAUGUUAUGUUAUUAAUGUCCUGCCAGAAUAAAGUAUUUUACCACCAUUCACAACA